GUUCAGCAGCGGGUUGCUGGUUACUAAAUGGCGAUAAUAACUUGGGCAUCCACUCUGGAAAUUGAACACGAUGCCAAGUACCCUUCGCAAUACUACUCAACCGGCUGCUUCCAAGUAGCACUCCACGACCCACAAACCACCAAAGCGGUAGAGCAAGCACAGAUCUUUUACAUAGGAUGGAUCUUUUCUUAUGGUGAUCAGAUCUCGUAUCAUCCAUCCUGUUUUUCGACCAAGACCAUACCUUGCUGCCUCUCCAACGAGUGCCGAAAGAGCCAAGGCUGACAGGCCCUGAACCUAUGAGCCCGUGACACUGGAACUGAGGUGACUAUCUUAGCUCGGAGUGUCGGCUGGUGGGAGUGGUUGGUUGG